UUUUUGACAAAGGGUUUUCCAGGGUAAUGUUGGGCGGGUAAAGAAGUAACUUGUAGUCUUGACACGUACAUGCAUAGAUACGGACCCUGACUGCUACGAGUUGACCAGGGACAGCGGUGUGUCGGAUACGGCAGUGUUUCGAGUUGAACGUUCUUGUGUACAUUAUCGCCAUGAUAAGCCUCAUUGUGUACUCCGCGUUACUGGUUGAGUCUGGCCUUGCUACCCCGCUACAACGGGUAUGUCCAUCUGGUCAGUACCUGGACCAAGGGAAAGGCACGUGUGAACACUGUGAACAAAUAUGUGUACACGCUGCGAUACAGCAGACAACAGACCUGUGUCUCAGACAUUGUCCAGGUUUCAUGUUCCAAGGGCUCAAAUGGGAGCAAACAGUGAGUGUUAAGGACCAUACAGAGUUAUGCCCCCCUCACACAUAUCUGGACAAGGUCAUAUUACGGUGUGAACCAUGCGCGGACAUCUGUACGACAGACCAUGAAAUAAGUGGCGCAUGCGCACAGAUGUGUCCAGAUUUCUCCAAACCAAAAAGCAAAUUCCCUUUUGUCCAGCUGCUGUGGGCGGUGUCUGUCGCCCUGGGGAUCGUCUUACUGGCCAUGUUAUCCAUGAUCACUUUCCGGCUCUGUUCUGGGCGGUGUCGACAUGGUGGUAGAGAAGAUGCUUUAAUACAACCAGUCUGCAAUGGAACACCGUAUAUAAAAAUUAAAGGUGCAGCUCAGAAACCAGAGCAGAGUGUUGAGCGGUGGCUGACCUACUUAGAUGCUGAUGAUCUGCAAGAAGACUGUCAUAGUAACCAUAGUAACAGGAGCUCCAUUCUAGACCACAGAGAAGAGCCCAGAUGAUCGGGAAGGGCUAUAUGAUAACCAUCUGUUGUAUAUUAUAUGGUUCCAGUAUCGCCAGUGGUGUUUGCGUGACAUGUUGGACUUUAUGCUACUUUUAUGCUACCAUACUUUGCACUUAAGGCUUUUGCCUGUGGUGUUCAAUAUAUUGAAGACAUACAUUUAACCUGGUCUCUAAGGGUUUGUUAAUCGUGUAUAAAUCUUGUAUAAGUUUGAAAUAAACUUGUCCAAACAAUUCAA